UAUUCAAUUAAUCUCAAUGGGAUGAUAUUGUCAGCCCAUAUGUUACAGCGAAAUGCAAAUCAGAUGGCUUACAAUCAAUAAGAUUUAGUGAGAGAUAAUACACAUUAUUGCAGAUGACUAACCAUGCUACUUUUUAAUGGCUAAUAUUUCAUAAAAAAUACUCCUAGACCAAUUAUUAUUAGAUCCUAUAGUGAGAAGAAAAACGUAAAUACGAAUAACUAAAUUCUACACAUAAGAAGGUAAUACCAUUACAGAAACGCAAAAAUGGAUAGAAAUAAUGAACUCUCAAUUUUUUCAACAAGAGAACUACAGUUUUCAAAAGUGGAAGACGAAAUUUUAACAUCAAUGAAAAACGUAUUGUCUUCCUACUCUGAUACAGAAGCUGUUAAUAAAAUGAAGGAAUUUGUGACAAACAGCCAAGAGAGAGCUUUCCAUGUGAACCGCGCCUGUGAAAUGAUUUGCGAACUGACUCAUUGUGCCGCUAACCAAAGACAAUUGCUGUUCGUCUACAACCCAUCAUAUCACUCACAACAAUUCAAACUUCUAAUUCAUUUAUUCGAUUAUUUCAGCUCUUCAUCAGAAAACAUUACAAAGAUAGCUGUAUUUCUCACUCUUUUCAGUGCCGAACAUUCAAAACGAUGGCAGAUACUUGCUAAGCUAGUUUCCAUGGCUAUAUCAGUUGAUAACGCAGACAUUUUAUUUCUAACCUCAAUCCUGGGGUGUCAGUUAUCAGUAACUUCUGAAUUUUGUUCUCUUAUUGUGGAUCGCACCAUUUAUGAUUUCAUAUUCCUCUACCCAGAUAAUAUUGGUAAAUUGAAGACGCUACCCUUAUCCGUUCCCACGUUUUGUAAUAUUUUCAUAAGAACAGUAACUGAAAUGUAUGGUCGGAUAGACGGCACUUCAAAAUGGACAAACGUACCAAACAUUAUCUUGGAAGUGCUCAUAGAAUGGAUAGAAAAGUACAGCUCGCAGCUUACAUCUAUGAUUGAUGUUGACAACAAACAGCCUAGGCCUACGACAAUUGGUCAAACAAUGUGUUCAACUCUUUCCCCUUAUCCAGUUUUAGUGAAAUGGAUUGUGCUAUCGUCUCUUUACGAGGACAACGAAAAAUCUCAACAACUAUUUGUGAAAUUGCAUAAUUCAGUUUGUGGAUCGUUAGUGAAGUUGAGAGAAGGCUUCAACAGGAAAUUGAUUCCAGCAAGCACAUUUAUUUUCAUCAUAGAGAGAAUAAAAACCGUUAUAGAACUGGGAACAUCGCACGAAAAACUUGAUGACUGCCUCAUACGUCUAUCUCAGGUUGUUCAAGUCAGCAUGCAUUCCAAAGCAAUCUAUGGUGAUUUUCACAACUUGCCAAAGGAAUUGGAUGAUCUUCUCAGUCUUAAACCUAACAGAUUAUUACAUAUUAUAGUUGAAUGUUUGAAGAAUGAAAUGUUGACACCAUAAAUUAGAUUAUAUUAGACAUGGUCUAUUUAUUCAUAAAUCCAAUCUUGUUAAGUUAAACAGUGAGAUGAAUUAAUAUAAAACCGAAUGAAUGAUCUUUUCAGCUAUUUAUUUAGAUGUAAUUUAGUUAUCUUAAAUAAAGUAUUUUAACUAAGAAAAUUUCUCUAAAGUAUUUUCUCGUUAAGUUAUCUUAGAUAAAAGCAAUUCAACUAAUAAAGUUCUCUCAAAUAAAGUAUCUCUUAAGAGAUUUGUUCUGCACAGUUGUUGAGUUGAUCAAAGAAAACUCAAUGUUCAGAUAGAUGAUAUCGAGGUGGAUUCUAUCAGGAGAAAAAGGAAAUUAUAUAAGACCUAUUCUACUUUCAUUAAUUACUAGAAGGAGAAGGAGAAUAGGAAUUCUGGAAAACAGUAAAAAGUUUAAAGGCUCGAAUAUCUUAAUUUCAGAGGACUAUCAGGAAGAUUUUCAACGAAUUAGGAGAAGUCUAAGAGAGAAAAAGAUUGGAAGCAAGAAAAGAUGUGAGAUUCGCCAUUAUUAAAUAUGACAAAUUGGUCGCCUACUAAGGUAGGCUGCUGACAAGACUGUUCAUCUUGAACAUAUCAACUUCUUCAGAGACAGAAUGGAGAGAGAGAGGUGAAACGUAGAUUAAUCGUGAUUAAUUUCACGAACCGAUUAGAGAAGCC